AUGUCAGAUUCGUCUUCAGUUCCGAGUUCGCCUGCUCUCACUGCCUCAUCGCCACCGUCUUCCGCCCCAUCGCCUCAAUUGCAAGCCUUGACUAUCGAAGUCUCAGAGGAGGAGAGAUCAGAGGCAGCAAGGCUCAAAGCAGAUGCGAACAAGGCGUUUGCAGCACACGACUUUGCCUCUGCAGCCGACUUAUACUCCCAAGCCAUCGACAAAAACCCAAACGAUGCCACAAUAUGGUGCAAUCGCGCUUUCACUCGCAUGAAACUUGAAGAGUUCGGGUACGCAUUGAGUGAUGCCACUCAGGCGAUCCAACUAGACCCAAAGUACUCCAAAGCGUAUUAUCGACGCGCACUCUGUCAGCUACAAGUGUUAAAACCCCAAGCGGCCGUCGGAGACUUUCGCAAAGUCCUCGUUCUUGAGCCCAAGAAUGACUCCGUCCGCGCCCAACUCACUGCAACCCAAAAACUGAUCAAGAAGAUCGAGUUUGAGAAGGCCAUAGAGGUUGAGGGCGAAAAAAGUACCGUUCUCAGGUGCAGAGAAAUAAUCGCAGAAGGUGGAUGUGAGGUCGAGAAGACUUACGCAGGACCCAAACUGGAGCUCACGGACGGAAAAUAUAGCAUAACCCAUGAUUUCAUCAAAGCCAUGAUUGAAUGGUUUAAGCAGGGCAAAACUCUCCCAAAACGCUACGUCUGGGAAAUCGUUUUAGGUGCACACGACCACUUUGCGUCAGAAGAGAGCUUGGUCACCGUGGACAUCGAGGAAGGGGUAACUUGCGAUGUGAUUGGGGAUGUUCAUGGCCAAUUCUACGAUCUCCUUCACCUUUAUUCAUUGACCGGCGAACCGAAUGAAAAACACUAUUUGUUAAUGAACGGAGACCUCGUUGACCGUGGAUCUUGGUCAAUAGAGGUUAUUCUAACCGCAUUUGCCUUCAAAUGGUUAUACCCACGAUAUAUGUACAUUAACAGGGGAAAUCACGAAGCCAGGGACAUGAACCGGACAUACGGAUUCGAGGGCGAGGCCAAACACAAGCAUGGCGAGUUGUCAUAUAAGGUAAUUCCGUUGGACGAUAUGAACUGCAAAUAUCCUGAUCCACUUCUUGAGCUCUUCGAACAUGUGUUCACAACUCUGCCGCUGGCCACACUCGUCUCUGCAACAAAGCCUCCAUUACCCAACAAGGUUGGAACCGCGAUCUUGUCGCCAGAUGGGCGAAAGCGAUAUUUCGUGGUACAUGGCGGCCUUUUCAGCAAAGAUGAUGUCACUCUGGACGACAUUCGUAAAAUCCAACGCGUGGGUCGUCAACCUGGGCAAGAAGGAAUCAUGUGUGAACUUUUGUGGACUGACCCUCAAGUAAUGCCUGGACGGGGACCCAGUAAACGAGGUGUCGGCAUUGCGUUUGGCCCUGACGUGACCAAGAAAUGGUGCACUCUUAACGGUGUUACUGGUAUAAUGCGAAGUCACGAAGUCCGACAGAACGGUUACGAGAUAGAACAUGACGGACUGUGCACAACAGUCUUCUCAGCACCCAACUACGUGGACCAAGGCGGCAAUAAAGGUGCCUUUAUUCGGAUCGACGCAGAAGGUUCACAGGAAUAUACUGUCUUCGAGGCAGUUCCACAUCCACCUAUGAAACCUAUGGCCUAUGUGUCAGGACCGAUGUCGAGUAUGUUCAUGUAA